GGUGUUUGUUAUUAUUCGCAAAAGAAUGCGAAAUAUCAUCUAUGACCCGGAUCGGCCUCACCCUGUGACGGCUAAGUAUUACGUAAAGCUGUCUCCAAAGUAAACUCUAAACUAUGUUCGGACAUUUUCUAUACUCAUACACAUUUUGAACCGGCUUUUGAAACCCCUCUUCUGUAUAUAACCACUCAAUAUCCAACCUUAUCUCACUAGUAAUAAGGUAGGUUUUUCUUUACAGUCGUCUCGUUAAUGUUGAGACUACCAUAGGAAAUGUAAGCCCACUUUCUUAGCUCGGGUCGGCGACGUCGCUUGCUCAGUUCGACUCACGCGCUUCCCAAUAUUACACGAGUCCUUAAAAAUAUUAAAAAAAAAAUUAAGAAAAAAAAUAUUUAAAAAAAGAAAAAAAUCUGUGCGAAAUAAUGAAUUAAAAAAAAAGUUUUUAAUAAGACAGUGACGGUAAAAUAGUGUUUUUUUUUUUGUUAAAAAUUGGUAAUUUAAAAAAUAAAUCGCGUGUGUGUAAAAACAUUGUUUUUGAGUGGGAUUUUUUUGGAUAAUUAUUGCGUUUGAAGAAGAUUUUUUUGGCUGUAACUGGCGGACAAUAUGAUGAUAUCCCGGUGGAGAGUGGUGUGGUUGGUGUCGCUAGCGCUAUGUAGCGCGGCGCUGGCGGAGGACGCGCCGAAGGGGCUCGUCAGCAAGGACACAGAGCAGGACCUAGUCGCUGAGGCCACGCAGAACGGAGCGAGCACACAGAAGCGCGAGGCGGGUCUGUCGAACUCGUACGGCGAGCCACUGCCACCCGACGCAUACGGCCCGCCCAGCGAUCUGCCCAACUCUAUUUCAGAUCUUCCGCAUCCUGUACCAGCCCCGGUGUACGGCGUGCCAGACGUGCAAGUGUUCGCGGAGCCGCCACCGGGCGCCUACGGGCCCCCCGCGCCCGUCAGCUUCCCCAGCCAGACCUACCACGGACCCCCACCGCCCGUGCAGAGACCUAAACCUGUAUACGGACCCCCAAAACCAGUCUACGGACCCCCUAAACCUGUUUACGGCCCACCGAAGUACACACCAUCUAAGCCGAUCUACUCGCCCCCAAAGAAGACAUACGGACCCCCAAAGCAAAGCCUCCCAAAGCCUACUUACGGUGUUCCUUUUAAGCCGCCAAAGAUUACACUGAACAAACCGCUGUUUAAUAUCCCGAAACCAGUCUAUGGGCCUCCAAAGCCUGUGUAUGGACCUCCUAAGAUUACUUACGGGACCCCCAUCAGAGAUACCCCAGCUCUUCCCCUGCCGGAGCUGCCGCAAGUACCUCUGCCGCCCAUAGACAACAACAUCGACUUCGGACUGAACCUCCCCGCUCCUAUCUACGGCACUCCUCUCGUGUCUCUGCCUGUGGACUUGAAGCCGAACUUCCCGGUACCGAGUGACACAUACGGACCACCCGGACAUGUUCUUGGACCAAUUGGGCCUAACGACCAAUUAGUGCUGCAGAAUAUUGGUAAUGUUGGUCAUUAUGGACCUCCUCAGCCGGAUCCGAACCCACAGCCUCCACACCCAGGCAUCCCAGCUCCACCUACACCUCCCCACGUGUUAUACGACGGAUGGAAGCCCAUCCCUGGAGUUUCCAAGCCAAUUGGACAGAUCAGUGACCAAUACGGUCCUCCGCAACAAGGAGGUCAAGAGAUCCACAUCAAUUUAGACCAGACUUUACCCAGCGUUGAACAACAUCAUCAGUUCUCGUCAGGCAGUAACGAGUUCCUCUCCGGCCACCAGUUCUCGUCGACAAACAACCAGUUUACUUCGGGCAGCAAUGACUUCUCAUCCGCUCAAAUAUCUUCAGGGUACGCUAAUGUACAUCAUGAUGCUUUGGCCAACAUUGAUUUGAAUGCUAUCGUUGGAGGAGAUUCUAACCACAUCGAUCAAUCUAAGACAGUCUUCGAAGCGCAUUAUACUGAGAAUCACUCUGCACCUCAAACGGAUGUCGUCUCCUCAGUUCAAGUGGUAUCAGGCAAACCGUUUGAUACUUACGGAGCUCCGCCAGUAGAGUCUCUCUCUAACGGUCCGUAUCCUGCAUCUUUAAGGCAGCAAGGAGCUAAAGGAUUAGUCGCUCCUUCAGGACAGUACGGUGUCCCUCCCGGAAGUCAGUACGGAGCUCCACCACGUCACAGUCCUGGACUUCCUCUGCCGUAUGGAUACCACUCUGGUGGAGGUCAUUCAGGAGGCAGCAAUCCUCGUCAACCAAUCAAAUUCAGGGAAUCUGUACCCGAAGGUUUAUUUCAGAACAUAGCUCAAACAACACACCACAAAGACACCCACGGUAUUGAUCACGUGCACCACGGACCUGCUUACUUACCGCCACCUAUCCGACAGAUAAAAGAUAUUAACAUAGACACUGGUAAUGCUGGAUUUAACUCAGGUAACAGUGUCUCUCUGUCCAUAGAACCUACUAGUUUGUACAGUCUUCCACAUUCAGGAAGCCCCAUUGCCUUCCAACAAGUACAACAGCCAGCUAAUCUCUACGGAUCUCCUAUCGACUCUUACUCCGCCCCUCUCCUGACAGUAGGAGUGGGAGACCACGUGACGUCAGGGUCUCACACUAACGCAGUUACGACGACUAUCGACGGAACAAUACUUGCGAAUUUAUCGAACUUAGACGCGGCUGCGAUAUUGAAACACUGUCCGUACCAUGAAGCGAUUCUUAAAGCCGCUAAGAACGGUGAGAAAAUUCCUGUAGAUCUAGCUACUAGCUACAUUAACAGUUUAAGUUCUUUGGGUACUACAUUGAACAAAUCUUCGAAUAAAAUAACUAUUCCUGAUGCUUUUACCAAGGACUUGGCAGCCUCCCACACGGUGCUACACCCAACUACAAACAGCAAGAGAGAAAACAAAGAAAGUUUCAACAUUCAGAAAUCAAAGUCUUUGAAAGAGAAGCACACAAUCAAAGAUGAGAGACAGCAGUACUUGAGCGAACAGAUUCAGAAGACUUCUGACAGGAUCAGAGACUUGAACGAGGAAGCUAAACUAUUGCAGCAAAAGAUAGCUUCGAGCAGUCAGAAUAUUAACAUUGAUGCACCAAACAGUGGUAAGGUUGGGUACUCUGUUCAGAUCCAGGCUUCUAACGGAGGCAAGUCUUCCGUGCCUCAUGAUCAAUUGCUGUCUGAAGGAUUAUUGCAGAGUAUACUGCAAGCUAUAGAUGACCCUGCCAAGCCUGUACAGCAGCCUCUGCAAAUUGCGCAACAACAAAACCAACAGCACCAACAUAUUCAACAACAAAACCAGCAAAUUCAACAACAACAGCAGCAUCAACAACAACAACAAAUUAACCAACAGUUUGCUCAACAACAACAGUUUAAUCAACAGCACUCAUUUGUCCAACAUGUAUCUCAACAACAGAGUUUACCGAACAUUAACUUUAACAACAAUUUCAACUCAAACGUGCGUUUAGAAUCCUUCUCUGACGGCAUAGUUCUGCCCGAUGGAUAUGAACCUAUUGACAAUAGCAAGGCUGAUCAAGCUACACAACAGAGCAACAAAGUUGUCAAAACCGAAGUCGUACACAACUGCGACUUGAAAACUGAAGCGUCUUCCAAAAACGAAGUCGUUGUCCCUCCCCCGAAUGACAUAAAGUCUAUAGACAAGGAUGAUAACGAAGUCGCGAUAUUCUUUGAUGAGAAAGAGCCGGUGACGGAAAUAUCUGUAGCCACGAGCAUCAGUGAGGAAGAUGACAGAAGUAAAGCGUAGGUAGUCUAGUCUCAACGGGCAUUUGACAAACUGUACCUUAUACAUAGAUGUUAGUAUAGAAUGGAUUGAGUGUUACCUUUGUGAAGUUCAUCAUCAUUUACUUUAAAUAUGUUGGGGUCGGCUUUCAGUCUAACUGAAUGCAGCUGUGUACCAGUAUGUUAUAGAGUGACUGUCUAUCUGACAUCCUUAACGUGGAUUACCCAACGGAUGUCAGGCUUUCUGGCUUUUGACUACCCGUAACGACUGCUAAUGAUGUUCGAAAGACAGCGGGGACCCAACAAUUUAGCGUGCCUCGGAACUCGUCAUAAGAUGGUCGGUAGUUGGUAUUCAUUUCAUCUCUAUCAUACAUUUUGUUCAUAUUUUACAAGAUAGGGCUCAGUCCAUUUUCUGUCUAUGGUUGAAAAUACCAAACCGUACCAUUAUACUUAACACGAUAAAGUCAAAUACAUGACAAUUUCUAAAUAGUAUGAAGUUGUCCCCGAUCGAUGGCAAUAGUUCCGUCCAUACCACACGUAUAGUUCGUAUCAAACUUCACGUCACCUCUGAAUGGGAAACUUGCGCUUAAUUUUGCACGGAAGUCAUCGUCAAGCCGCCAUUAAGUUUGACGCGAACUUAAACUGGUUAAAUAAAGAUGUUUUUACAAUAUUUUAGCAUUAGGCCAGUAUAUAAAAUAAAGGCUUUUGUAAAUCCGGUACAAAUUCUAACACAAAAUAUAUUACGGCCGUCCCAAUAUCUUAUCUGUUAUUUUGAUUACCAGAGAUAGGAAUUUAACAUUACUUGGCUUAUUAUGUUAAAAGUCUAUCUGUAGUAAGCUCAUCCAGAGAUAGAAUAUUGGAACGCCAGUUAGAAGUAACGCUAGUCUGUAUUUUUAAUGGUUUUGACAUCAAAUGCUCGCGCCAUCUUGGUAAUAUACUGCCAUCAUGUAAAAAUGAUUUUAUUUUAGUGUUUAAUUUAAAAAGUAUGAAAGUCGAUGGAUUUUAUGUUAUUUAUAAUUUAUUUAUAACUUAGGUUAAUAUUUCAGUAUUUUUGGGGAAUAUUUAUAAAUUAGAUUUUAUUGAAAGAGGCUAACAUAACGCGUUUUGUAUUAAUUGCUCUUUUUUAUAUAAAAUUGCGAUUUAGUCAGGGAAACAUAUUUUUUGGAAGAAAUGUUGUAUUUUUGUACACUAAUAUACAAUACUUUUUGUAGUACUUAAUAAUAUCGGUUGUUAAUAGAUAAUGAUAAUCGGUAGUUUCCGAUCCAAAUUGUUGGCAACACCGAUUGAAUACGUUAGAGGGUAACUUUUGUACAAUUUGUAUUUAAAUUAAUUAAUUAUUAUUAUUUAUUAGUUGUGUUUGUUACAUGAUCAAUAAAAAUGUACAGAAUUA